CGAGAUAGUUUUCGUAUGCGUCAAAAUUUUACGUGCCUGCGUACGUGAACAGCUGUAAUCAGUAUUGAAAAUAUUCUUUAAAGAAAGAUGGGAGGCCAUGGGGGACAACCAAAAAUACCAAAUCCUGAUAUAUACAAAGUAGAGGAUGUGCCAGAGCUUAAACUGGUACAGGAAAAAUUAUCCGAACACGGAUUGAAGGAUCCUUGGUUGAGAAAUGAAGUUUGGCGUUAUACUGGAAUUCCUGGUAAUCAUAGAUGGUUGGCAUUCAGAAUAUUAACCAGGGGCAUGGUAGUUGGAUUUGCAGCAUUUUUAGUAACAAUUGGCAUUGAAAGAUCUCUUGGAAUUACGUAUGAGACUACACAUGGUCAUGGUCAUGAUGGUCAUGAUGAUCAUGAUGAUCAUGAUGAUCAUGGUCAUCAUUAAUUUUAUUUAGUAUAGAGAGGAAGAUUAAAUAGCAUUAUUAUUAUUAUAUAUAUUGU